AUGCCUCCUCCUCAACCAGGAGCGAUUGUGGCUCGCCUCCUGCGUAGCCAAGGCCAACAACAACCCACCUUCAUCUUUGGUCCUCGAUUCACCUCGCCCUUCCCGUCGCAGUCUGCCGCCAACAACAACAAGAACUUUGUCUUCUUCCAACAACAAGCUCGCCGCUUCACCCAGCCCACCAAGAGGCCUCACAGUCCCCAGCAACAACACGAAAAUGCUACUCAUGGGCUCUACCCUUCCAAGCUCGCCUCGAGGGAGCUGUCGGGUGCUCCCUUGCCUCAGCGCCGGUCCUUCCUCUUGAACUUUAUGUACCGCUCUGCCGCCGUGGUCGGCACCGGUGUCGGUUUUGUCGGUUUCCUCUUUGCUGCCUUCUUUCUCUACGAUGCGACUACCUACAAGGAAUCCUCCGAAUUUGGCGAAUGUCGCGUUUCCGAAUAUGCUCUGAACCCUCGCACUGGUGGUCCCAAGAACCUCCCGAUUGUUGACGCGCUACUUGACGACGAUGAUACAGAAGAAAAGGCUGCUCAGAAGACGAAGCCUCGGUUGGUGAUUUUGGGCGGUGGCUGGGGAGGUGUUGCGCUCUUGAAACAGCUCAAUCCCGACGAUUACCAUGUCACCGUCAUUAGCCCGAAGAACUACUUUCUGUUUACGCCCAUGCUGCCGUCUGCAACUGUGGGAACUCUAGAACUCCGAAGUCUGGUCGAACCGAUCCGUCGUAUUCUCUCAAGGCUUAGCGGUCACUACAUACGCGCCGAAGCUCAAGAUGUGGAAUUCUCGCACAAAUUGGUCGAAUGCUCUACACUGGAUGCUCACGGCAAGGAGAUGAGGUUCUAUGUGCCCUAUGAUAAAUUGGUCAUUGCCGUUGGAUCCGUGACAAACCCUCACGGUGUCAAGGGCCUGGAGAACUGCCACUUCCUUAAGGAUAUCAACGAUGCCAGAAUGAUUCGCAACCAGGUUAUGAAGAACCUCGAACUCGCAUGUUUGCCCACUACGUCGGAUACCGAGCGCAGACGUCUACUGUCCUUUGUGGUCAGUGGCGGUGGCCCGACUGGCGUUGAGUUUGCUGCCGAGCUGUUCGAUCUUUUGAACGAGGAUCUGAGCAUCAAAUUCCCCAAGUUGUUGAGAAACGAGAUCUCGGUCCACCUCAUUCAGAGCCGCAGCCACAUUUUGAACACCUACGAUGAAGCACUCUCCAAAUAUGCCGAGGAUCGAUUUUCUCGCGACCAGGUCGAUGUGCUCACCAACUCUCGCGUGCAAGAGGUCCGACCUGAUAGGAUCAUCUUCAGCCAAAAGAAUGAGAAUGGAGACCUUGUGACAAAGGAGCUGCCAAUGGGGUUCUGUUUGUGGUCUACCGGUGUAUCGCAGGCCGAGUUUUGCCGAAAGAUUGCACAGAAGCUGGGCGAUGCUCAGAACAACCGCCACGCUCUGGAGACUGACACUCAUCUUCGCGUUGCUGGUACCCCCCUUGGAGACGUCUACGCGAUUGGCGACUGCUCGACAGUCCAGAACAACAUUGCCGACAACAUUGUCACCUUUUUGCGUGGUCUCGCGUUCAAGCACGGAAAGGACCCGGAAAACCUCGAGCUUCACUUCCAAGACUGGCGUAAUGUCGCUGCGGAUGUCAAGCGUCGUUUCCCUCAAGCCUCUGCCCACCUUAAGCGUGUUGACAAGCUCUUUGGCCAGUUUGACAAGGACCAGUCUGGAACUUUGGACUUUGGCGAGCUCAGAGAGCUUCUCGGACAGAUUGACAGCAAGCUCACCUCGCUGCCUGCUACGGCCCAACGAGCCAACCAGCAAGGUAUCUACUUGGCCAAGAAAUUCAACAAGCUAGCCUCAGCAGCUUCGGCGCUCAGCGCCAACGACAUCCGCGAUGGUGACCUCGAUGAGGCUGUUUACAAUGCCUUUGAAUACCACCACCUUGGUGCCCUUGCAUACGUCGGAAAUUCUGCUGUCUUUGACCUUGGCGGUGGUUGGGGUCUGACUGGAGGUGUAUGGGCAGUAUAUGCCUGGAGAAGUGCUUAUUUUGCGCAGAGUGUGGGUGUUAGAACCAAGUUCCUCAUGAUGAUGGAUUGGAUGAAGAGAGGUCUUUUCGGACGAGACCUGGUCAGUUUUUAA